UGUACCAAAGAGCGCACAUAAGACAAACAACUAAUCAGCCUGGAGUUUGCGCUGAUGUUACGGUUCUCGGUUGUCUCGGUACUUGUCCGGACCUGCAGCGUCUGUGUGUCUGCAGAGGGAUGUCAGCGGUGGUGUGUGUUAUCAGAUCGAGUCCCCACAUUUGGUUUCCAGUCGCGUCCUGCGCGCUGUAGGACGCGCGGGCGAUCAGCUGAGCAGGAAAGGAGACGGAGCCAGCGGUGAGAAACAGGCGCAGUCACUCAGCGUCCGUGCGGACAUUUCAGCGGAGUUUACUGCCGGGAUCCGCUGCCAAUCGUUUGCAAAGUGUCCUGCGCCGCGUCUGCUUUUGCGGACGGGAUGUUGGAGGUGGUCGCCUCGCAAAAAUGAACACAGACUGCACCCAACCUUCAGCGGUUCCAACGCCAAGAUUUGUUUGUCACGCCAACCUGAAGCUGCUUUCCCCUCUUACUUCUGCAUCCAGGGGUCCUAAACCUUCUGUAGCCCCAAAACCUAAAGUCAAAGUCCUGAUAAAUGGCAACCAAGGAGGGUUCAGUAACGACAGUGCACAAUCUUCUGAUGCAAGGGGUGACGAAGAAACUGUGAAGCAGAAUGGCCUGAACAAAGUUAUCGUGAACACAUCAUCUGGGAAGAAACACUUAAAUCUCAGUAGCCUCAAAUUCGACAAAAGAGAUUUAGAAACUAUAUCAAAGGGGACGGUGGACAGUGGAGGCACAGAAGCGGAAAAGGAGGAAGAUGAAAGUAAGAACAUGGAAGAUUGCAGAUUAACAGACAGUGCCCUUACAGAGGAAGGGGACUCCCUGAAAACGCUAUGGGUUAGUGACGACAGACUCACAGCUGACUCCGAGGAGGCAGAGGAGAUCACUGACACAGACGACAUGGAUGCUGAAGGUUGUGAUGGAGGUGAGGCGCUGGCUGACGCGGACGGCCUCUCAAUGGGAGACAUUUCUGCUGGUGCUGAAGACAGAUUGUUUUGCCACUCCGUCGUGAAGCAGGAGCAGCUUCAAACAAAUGGAGACAGAAGCACUGCAGAUGAUUUAUCAAAGUCUUCUUCUGAUGAAAAUGGACUAUGUCUUAAGGACAGAAAGACGGACACUCAUGGAAGAGAGAAAGAGCCAGAUACAAAUUGGUGUUGUAAUAGCCUGAAGUUGAUGUGUGGCCAUCAAAUUAAUGGAAAGGGUGAAAAUCAGCAGGAGGUUAGUUUGUAUGACUACAUUCCUAAUAUCCACCAACAAGUUUGUUCUGAAGCAAUCGAGCCUUUUUACAUCUGUUCAGAGGAUAUUAUUAACAUGACAGCUACGCUAUCAGAAAGUGGGAUUACCUCUGUAAAAAGAACUGGAGCACCAGCUGGAAAAUACAAUGAAACACCUGAGAAUGGACAUUUAGUGGACUGCAUGAACACUGAUAAAGGUAUUGAGUAUGGCAGCAAUGACAAGGCUAAUGAAAUGGAGGACAUGUUGAACCACUUGGACUGCCAGCCAUGGUUUAGACAAGUUGCCAUCUCAGUGCCAACAGACACAGACACCUCACUGACGUCUUCUUUCUCCGAGAGCCAGCUGCUAUCUCCAAAUGACUCUGAAGUCUUCAAAGAUGACGAGGAUUUGGAGGGUCACAUCGUGCCCUUUCUGGAUGAGACCAGUGACAUGGAGCUCAACAUUACAGAUGAGCAUGUUUAUGAGGAACCAGGGCAAAGCUCAUGUACUGAAAGUGGUUUUCCUUUGGAUCGCAAGACUGCUGGUAUUAGAACACACUCUUUGUCAAAUUAUAUUUCCACUACUGUGGGGAAUCGGGGAGUACAAUUUCUCCAUAAGACCUACAUUAGUGGAUUAGGACAACCUGCACUGAGCAGCAGCCCAGUGUUAAAUUCAACACGGCACAAAAGCUAUUCCAAACCCAAAUAUUUGUCUCUGUACCCUCGUUCGCUGUCUAUGGAGGGACACACCACACCUCUCUGUAUCUACAAGGAUGACUCCUACAGACAUAGAGACGGGGUUUCCUCAUCUGAGAGCUUCUCCAGGUGCUCACCUCUCUCAUCUAGUGCCCUGUCCACACCUACUUCUUUGAUGGAUAUCCCCCCUCCCUUUGAGCUGGCCUAUAUCACCAAAAAGCCUAUCACAAAGAGUUCCCCCUCUCUUCUUACUAGAGAAGAGUUUUCAGAGAAAGACAGGAAAAAGAAAUCCUCCAUUAAGCGCUUUCUACUUAAAUUUGGGUGGAAAAUGGAACAUAAGUCUGGAACAGAUGCCAAGUCUUCCUCUUUGAAAUCCUCGGCUGAGUCUAGCCAUUGUUCACACAACAGACUUUUGGAGUUAGAUCGGCAGAGCAUGAGUGGUUCUCCACAACUAAAUUUACGUCAGGCAAACAAACCUCAGGGUUCACCUGAGUCUUCGUCCCACUUUCUGUUCCACAAAGAGAGUAAAAGGAAAGGGAACUCUGUGGCCUUCCUCAACAGGAGCGUUGUCCGAGUGGAGUCCUUCGAGGACCGCUCCCGAGUGCCUUUUGCACCUCUUCCUUUCACCAAGCCCCGCUCUAUCUCCUUCCCCAACACUGAUACCUCAGAUUAUGAGAACGUCCCUCCGCUCAGCUCAGAUUAUGAGAAUGUUCAGGUGCCACAGUGGAGGCCAGUUCGACAGAUGCCACUCGUAAAUUUCUUUGAUCGUCCUGGUCGAGUUUUGUCUUCAACAAAUGAAACAGACGGUUAUGUCGACAUGAAGAGUCUUCCAGGAUUUGAGACAAAAACACAUUUACCUGAAGAGGAAACUGAAAGUGCCUACACAGAAGCCUACAACGUCUGUUUGGUGGCUGCCAGUGCCACGAGUGACGGUCGGGGAGAGACGGUGGGGGACGAAGACCAAGGACGCACCUCCGAGGAGGAAGACGUGGGGACAGACGUCAACUAUGACCGACAGCCAGACGGUCGAUCCAGAGCCUUUUACAUCGUUAAAGAGCUGGUGGAUACAGAGCGAUUACAUGUGAAGGCCCUCAGGCUGCUUCAGAAAGACUUUCGGAAAGCUGUGGGGUCUGCAGUCGGGGAUGACGGGCAGCCUGCGAUGGACGAUGAGAGACUCAGAGAGAUUCUCAAUGAGCUGCCCGACGUCUACGUGCUGCACAGCAAAAUCCUCACCGAGCUGGAGAGUCGAAUCGGACAUUGGGAGGACAGCCAAAGGAUUGCUGACAUUUUCCUGUCCAGGAAAGCAGAGUUUUUGGUCUUCACUACUUACAUCGGCCACUAUGAUCGAAGCAUUAGUUUACUGGAGGACGGCUGCAGAGCUUCACCUGCAUUUGCAGCCGUAGUUCAGAAAUAUGAGGACCAGAACCCAGCCGGGGAGAGAGUUUCUCUUCAGCGUCAGCUCCUGCAGGUUAUUGUGCGUGUUGCUCAGUAUCGUCUGCUCCUCACAGAUUAUCUGAACAACCUUUCCCCGGAUUCCAAGGAAUACGAAGACACCCAAGCCGCAGUAGCGAUCAUGUCUGACAUUGCAGAUCAAGUCAAUGACAGCUUAAAACACGGGGAGAACCUGUUGCAUCUGAUCAACAUAGCGUCCAGCGUUCACAGCCCACGGGACCUAAUUCAUCCUGGCAGGGUUUUUGUGAAGGAGGGAACCCUGAUGAAGGUCAGCAGGAAGAGUCGACAGCCCCGACAUUUGUUUUUGAUGAACGACGUGCUGCUCUACACCUUCCCCCAGCAGGACGGGAAAUACAGACUGAAGAACACGCUGCCACUCAGUGGGCUGAAGGUCAGUAAACCCAACGUCCCAAAUGUCCAAAAUGCCUUGAAAAUCGAGGGGUCAGAGAUCUCCAUUCUUCUGUCUGCCAGCUCUUUUCUUGAAAGAGAGGACUGGUAUUAUACUCUCAACCGCACUGUGACUGAACAAGCAAGAGGCUCUGCAGCCAGCUCUGGAGAGACCAGAGAUCGUCUUUGGCUUUCCCUGGGAGAAAAAGCUCCCACUCUCGUUCCUGUCUCACAAGUGAUGAUGUGCAUGAACUGCACUGCAGAUUUCAGCCUCACUGUUCGCAGACACCACUGUCACAGCUGUGGAAGAAUUGUUUGUCGAAGCUGCUCCAGGAACAGGUAUCCACUGAAAUACAUGAAAGACCGCAUGGCCAAAGUGUGUGACCACUGCUACAACGAGCUAAAAAAGAGAGGAGGAGAAGUGUCCGAGCUCUCAGCCAAAUGUAGCCCUCGGUUGACCCGCUCCAGUCGUCCCCUCUCCACCGUAUUCCAAAAUAUUCAUCCCCCCAACAUAUGGAGACAUCGAAAAGGCACUGCCUCUUUCACCCCGGCAACCGUGUCAGAGGAAGGCUCCAUCAGCGGGACUCUGCAGCGGAGCAAGACGAGCAAAAGAAACUGGAAGAGAUUGUGGUUCCUGCUGAAAGACAAGGUGCUUUACACCUACCGAGCCCGAGAGGAGAAGGUAGCGUCAGAAAGUUUACCGCUUCUGGGUUUCACAGUGAAGCUACCUGACAAGCAGGGAGGCGACACAGAGGCCAACAUCUUCCAGCUUUACCACCAAAACACUUUGUAUUACACCUUUAAAGCUGAAGAUAACUUCACAGCUCAGAGGUGGGUUAAUGCAAUGGAGGAAGCCACAAAUUUGUAGACUCAACCCUUCUGCUGCCUUCACCCUCCGACAAACCCCCGUCUCCAAAAGUGACUGGACGUAGAACCAAACUGGAAAGACUGGAGAAAGGCACUUUUCUGUUUGUCGGCAUGUCGCAGCCCGCCCAGCUAAGCUGAGGAGACGAAUACGUGGAGUUCUUUAAAAAGAGGACACUGUCCACCUACUUUGUCCUUCUGCAGCGUUCUUCCCUCCCUGCUGUCGCAGCAGGUGUGUCGCCAAGGGCUGCAGGAGAUGUUGGCCCAGAUACCUGACAGUGUGGAGCGCCGCCUGUCAGCUGUUACUCACCGCCCCAUUUCCCAGAAUCCACCGGAGUUAUUAUCACAUCUUACACAAGAUACACACUACAGUCAAUUCACGGCGUGUUUGGACAUGGUUAAUUUAUUAAUCUGUUUGAAAGCACUGAACAAAGAAGUGAAAAGACGGAUUUUGCUCUUGUUUACAUGAAAAAACACGCUGAAGCCUCAGUCACGAAUCUCAAAUGGCCUCAUAUUUGCUUUGACGCAGUUAUGCCUUAAUUUCAACAUGUGCUUUUUGUACUUUAUUUAAAGCAUGAAAAUACUAAUUGGUGGGAGGAACAGAUUGAUCAGACGAGAGAAAAAUUAUUCAAAAGACUGUUAUUUAUCUGUGUACCAUAUUGUUGGAGAAAGUCCUUCCUGUAAGUCUUUUUUUUUCUCAGUUGGCACUGAUAUUAAAGGCAUAAUUCAGACUUUUUUUUAGGCAGUUCACCUUGACAAAGUUAGAAAUAGUUGACAAUUGUCUGCAGUAAACACAACUAUUUGCAUCUUGAUUUAGUAAAAGCCCAGAUAAUCUGGUCCCAGAGGCCAGAAAAGAAAGAAAAGCUAAAACCAGAGCAAACUUCUGCUGUCUCAAAACAAGUCCAGUCACUUUUUCCGAAACCUUGAAAUUGCUGACUCGUUUACUUACAGAGAAACUGGAUGUUGUGUGCCACUAAUAUCUUUUCUGUGUGAAAACUAGUCGCAGAAAGUGUCUCCACUUUUAUUGAAGCAAAAAUAUUAAAGCAAAAGUAAUAUAAUAUUAUUUUAUUAAUUACUUAAACCGCGUUGCUUUUCUACUUGCAACAGUUAAGUCCAAAAUUAUCGAUCCCACUGAUGGUAAACUUAACAUUUUACUAUCAUGUUUUUCCUUAAUGCUAGUAAUAUCAGCAUCUUAGAAUCCAAGCCUGAAUUCAAUAGAGAAACUGUUGAGGGAGCUAAAGAUUAGGGUGAUGACAGAGAGGUGUUCCAACCUCAUCGCUAAGAAUAAAUAGACCUAAUGACUGUGAAAACGCUUGUCAGCAAAAUAUUAACUAUUUGGAUGUCGUAGUAUUAGACAUGGCUGCUGAGAAGCAUACAAAUAUUUUUUGCAAUAAAUUUUUUUAUUAAAAUGCAAUUAAAAACCAAUAAAUUUGUUAUUUCAAAAGUAAAACUCCUUUUACAUGUUUUUUUUAUUCUUUGAGAGACGACUUCCUCAUAUUCUACCAGAAGAAAAUUUAUUAGUUAAAUAAAAAAUAAUCUUAAUUCUCAAUCUGCCAGGAUUCUGAAUAAGUUUUUACCUUAACUGUAAUUAAUCUAUUUGGAAACACUAUGUAAGUUUUGAGAGUUACUAUGUUUCACACAGGUACAUUAUUGGCUGCACACAGCCUUCAAUCUCCAUUUCCUACUUGAAUAUUAAUUUAAUUAUUUGCUAAAAAAAAACCUUGAUAAACACUCAAUGCAAAUAGAUCGCAAUAUAAAGGUUAGAAAACAGCAUUUGCAUGAACUGCUUUGUUUGGUGUCUUCGCUCUUGGACUAAACGUCAGCUUCAGCCUGUGGGACUAACUAAUUUGGAUUUAAACUAAAUAAAGAUGCUUUUGAGGCUUGCUACUGCAGGUGAGUUUUUAAAUCCGUGCUACAUCAACAAUUAUGAACUAUGCCUUUAAAAAAAUAUGAACAAACAAAAGGGAUUACAGCACAGUAGAUAGACAAAGAUUUUGUCUAUCUACUGAAAAAGUAUGUCAUUUUUAAAAAAUAUCUUAAAGCAAGUGCAAUGUAAAUUCAUUUGUGUGUAAAGAGUCGCCAUCAAUCUGUACACAGAAGCUCUGGCUUCGACUGAAACGUGAAACUCAGAUUGAUUGCACUGAGCUGCAUAAUCACUGUCUUGGAUUUUGUACUGUACCUAAUGAUUUAUAACAUUAAUUUGCAUUUUUAGGCAAAGUAAAAAAAAAAAAGAGACAAA